AUGCCGACAGACGACGCUCCCCUCCUCGCGGAGGUGAGAUCCGCGGACGACGACGAUCACGACGACGCGCGCGACGACGCGCGCGACGACCACGACGACCACGACGACCACGACCGGCGAGCCCAAAAGAGCGCCCGCGGCCUGGGCGAGGGCCUCCACACCGCGGUCUCGCGCACGUCGCGCGUCGCGCGCCUCGUCGACCGCCGCGCGCGUCGCGUCCUCCACCUCGACCGCCUCGGUCGCUUCAUCACCUCGUCGCAGGCUGUCCCCGUCGCCGUCGGCCUCGUCUUCGGAAGCGCGCUUCGUCAGCUCGUGGACGCGUUCACGACCGCGCUCGUCGCGCCGCUCGUCGCGUCCGUGGGCGGACACUCGCACCUCGUCUCCCUGCGGUUCGUCGUCCACGGCUUGGCGUUCGACUACGGCGUCUUCGUGCAGGCGGUCCUGGAGACGUUCUUGACGAUCGUCGCGCUCUUCUACCUCGUCGUCGUGCCGUCCAGCGCGGUGAAGAGCCUGCGGUUGUCCCCGACGAGACCGUGUCCGGAGUGCCUGAGCUGGAUCAACGAAAACGCGCGGAGGUGCUGCCACUGCUGCUCGCGCACGGGGUUCGCGGUCGCGCGCGAGGAAGAGGACGCGAAGGACGCGAAGGACGAGGAUUGA